AUGAAAAUCGGGAUAUACGUUUGUGGAGUUAAGGAGACUUCAAACGAAGUGACACAGAGUCAAACUAAUUCAGAGUACAAAGUUUCGUAUAACUCACGUCACCAGAAGAUUUCAAGAAUCAACAUGGGCAAAUUGAAGAAACGGGAGAGGCAACGAGAACGUCUUUGUCGCAUGUACAAUCAGAUUUUAACGGAAUGCUCGCAGCUUAAUGGAAGCUGGCCUGACCUGGAUGAUCCACGCUGGAGCAGCGGAGAAUUUGUAGAACUUCUGUCAGACUGGUUUCCGUCAAAUAUUACCAACGGGACGAUAACAGAAAAUACAACAGCCUUAUCAACUGCGGAACCUUUCACGCCUGUUCUACCACCCUUCGAACUCUGGCAGACGAUACUGAUUGCUUUCUCCCUCGCAUUAUGUAUACUGUUAACCGUCGGCGGUAACAUUCUCGUCCUUCUGGCGUUUAUCGUAGAUAGAGCCAUCAGGCAACCGAGCAACUACUUCAUCGCUUCAUUAGCAGCCACUGACAUGCUUAUUGGCACCGUCUCCAUGCCAUUCUACACGGUCUACAUUCUGAUGGGAUAUUGGAAUCUUGGGCCCUUACUCUGCGAUUUAUGGCUCUCCGUAGAUUACACGGUAUGCCUGGUAUCCCAGUACACAGUGUUACUGAUUACGAUCGAUCGGUUUUGUUCGGUGAAAAUAGCGGCCAAAUAUCGCAGCUGGCGGACAAAAAACCGCGUGAUCUGGAUGGUAACCAUCACCUGGAUCAUCCCGGCCUUGCUCUUCUUUAUCAGUAUUUUCGGCUGGGAGCACUUUAUCGGUUAUAGAGACCUAGACCCUGGCCAGUGCACCGUUCAAUUCCUCAAGGAUCCGGUUUUCAACACCGCCCUUAUAAUUGGCUACUACUGGACGACGCUGGUGGUCCUGUUUAUCCUCUACGGUGGCAUAUACAAGACAGCUUACGACAUGCAGAAGAAAAGCGAGGAGAAACAGCGAAAAAUGCAGUCCAUGGUUGCACUGAGUGCCGGUGCAAUGUCUGGCAUGGCAGGCCGUGCGGCUGGGAUAGGGAUGUCGAAGACGCAAAGCACUCUACUGAGUCAGGACAAGCCGAAACUGAGCACAUCGGGCGAGGAGGGGACAGGCGGAGACGGUUCAGGACAGAAAACUUCCUCAAAGACGUCUGGAACAGGGACAAGCGAUUCGACCGAGAAACAAAUGUACGGAAACACCGUUGCCACAGAGGCGGAAAAAUCUGAAAGGUCUAGCAGUCCGGCGUUCGAUUCCGACGAGGAGAGCACCAUGGGCCCAGCGCAACAGCUCAGCAGCAUCAGGAAACGAUCCUCUUUGGCUGGUAUGGUCGCUCAGUCCGGCGCUCUUCCGAUUUUCUCGACCAACGGACAUCUGAACGGAAUCGUCCCCGCGAAAGUCGAGACGAACGUGCAGUCGAAGAAACUUCUCUCGGUCAGUCCAACGUGCGACAUAGGCACGGCCACGCAGAAAGCACAAACGUUGCCAAAGAUACAAGAAUUGAGCCUGUUGGACACAGAGAACGCACCAGAGCCUGACAACAAGUCGAGCAGUCAAACGCUGACGCCUGAACAAUCUCUGAAGUGGAACGGUGAUGGCCCCAAUCAGCAACAUCUGACCUCCGCCGAAACGUCACCGCCUACUCAUCCUACUCGUUCCAUCAGCAGUAGCCAGCAAAACAUUAUACCGCCGCCCACGCAGUUCCAGAGUAGCCCGCAAGUAUCCGACAGCCCUUCUACUUCGUCGUCGACCGACAGACCCAAGUCGCUGGUCGUGUCCUCUCACGGCACUUUCGAUAUUCUGACCGGCCUGGACGGCGGAGACUUGAGAUACAUGGACGAGAGCUCGGUGAUCUUGCCGAGCCCUUCGUACGAAAGUCCAUCGUCUUCCUUCUCGUACAGCCUGGCGAAUCCCCUGUCGAGCGCGCCCUCGUCACCAAUUUUAGGCAACGUCUCCACGGCAGCACCGAACACGAGUUUGUUGCAGGCAGCUCUGAUCAGAGCGACGGCGCAACAGGUCAGCAAUCAACAGACAAAACCGAGUCAGCCGCAGCCGGUGAUGUCCAACGCGUCCAGUCAAACGCACCCCCCUCGCGUGUUUAUCACUCAAAAGUCGAACGCUGCCUCUCAAACCUCGCCGACUGUUAGCAAAGUGCACACGGAGGUUACCGUGAAAGCGAAGGAUACGAAGCAACAGCCUGUGACGACGAUUGUCAGCGCGCCAGCAGCAGAAGCGUUCAAUACCGCGACGAACUCGAGGAGCAACGUGGAAGGUGGCUCGAGGAAAGACUUCGUGAAGACAAUUGGCAAACGUUUGAAGACCAAGACGCAGAGAAGGGAUCCUUUGUUAGGCCGGCAGAAGUCUCGGACAGAGAACAGAGCCAGAAAAGCGUUCAGGACGAUAUCUUUCAUUCUGGGCGCGUUUGUCGCCUGUUGGACACCGUACCACGUUUUGGCGCUGGUGGAGGGUUUCUGUUUGAACAAACCGUGCACCAACGAACAUCUAUUCAUGUUCUCGUACUUCCUCUGUUACACUAACAGCCCCAUCAAUCCGUUUUGUUACGCCUUGGCUAAUCAGCAGUUCAAAAAGACUUUCACCAGAAUACUGAAGGGUGAUCUGCACAUGACGUAA